UACACUUGGUAUAAUGCAGUCAGGCAAGUACCAUUCUCCUGGCAACAGCCAAACCCAGACACAUCCAUUUGUCGGAUUGUCAGACAGAGAAGCGUGAUUUGUCACUCCAGAGAACACGUCUCUACUGCUCUAGAGUCCAGUGGCGGAUGGCUGAGUUGCUGCUGUUCCAAGUUGCUUCCACUUUGUUGUAAUACCACUAACAGUUGACUGUGGAAUAUUUAGUAGCAAGGACAUUUUAUGGAUGGACUUAUUGCACAGGUGGCAACCUACACAUUUGAAUUCACUGAGCUCCUGAGAGUGACCCAUUCUUUCACAAAUGUUUGUAGAAGCAGUCUGCAUGCCUAG